UCUUAAUUGGUGCAUCAUUUUCCCUUUCUCUUCUCUUUCUAUGGAGGGAGAGAGAGCACAUUCUUCGGAGUGUGUGUGGAAAUUCCAGAGCGCAGUGCAGGUUUGGCUUGACGGGAAAAAGCAUGGGCUCUGGGAAAACCCACUCUGUGCUGGCUAUAAAAGGCAACCAGGCUCACAGCAGCUCUUCACUCUCUCUUCUCAGCCUGCCCCAGUUUACACUUUCUCCUUCAAGGGAUCUCUGGACUUUUGUCUUUUUGCAGGAACAAAAAAUGGCCUUGAUUUCCAAGAAAAACUGUGCUUUCCUGCUGGUUGUUGUGGCAGCAGUUUACAUUCAGCUCUAUCAGGCAACCCAUGACAUUCCUGAUCGCUGCUACUGUCCCGAAGUCAUCAAUUUCAUCAAAGGCAACAUGUCAGAUUUCCAAGUCUAUGACAGAAGAUCUGGAUGUGAUAAAACUGAACUGAUUGUAACCAUGAACAAGUUGGACAACACCACAGAGAAACUCUGCAUGAACACACAGAAAAAGUUUGGCAUGGCAUUUGUGAAAUGCUGGGACAGGAUAAACAGGACCGAGAGCCGCAAGAGCGAAUGCAUCGACAAAAUGAAAAGGGCAGUUUGAGAGUGCAAGGGGAGGCCUGAUUGGGGAGGAAAGUUAUCCGGACUGGAGUCCCGGAGGUGACAUGAAGACUGAGCCCACGAGCCUGUGUAUGCUGAGAGCAGAGCUUUCACUGAACUUCUGCACUGCAGAGGAUUGAGAAAUGACAACGAGGGGGAGAAUAGUCGUGGGAGAGGAAAUAAUUUAUAGCUCGCAGGCAGGACUGAGGGGGAAAGGAGUUAUAUUCAACUUAGGGGAUAGAAUAUGAAUAUGUACAGUAUUAUAACAGCAAGUCUGUAAGAAAGCCAGUGUAAAAAAAAAUGCACUCACUUUUAUUUUUUUGCUUAACUUGACUACUAUUUAAGAUGCUUUAUUUAUUGUUAAAUUCUAUUUCUUUAUGUUUUUUAAAUGUUUGGAUCCAUGCAAAUAAACCUGAUUUUGAUACAA